AUGUCUGACGAUCGUCGAGAAGUUGUUCUUGAUGUAAAUGAAUUAUCGAAAGUAAACAAUGGGUCAGAAGAUGAUGACGGUGAUGAUUUUCUCAAGCCAAGAGAAUUACCAAAGUUGCUCGUUGAUCUAAAAACGUAUGUUGAUUCGAAAUUUUGUUAUCAUUCGGGACCUAUUGAUGAUGCAGCGAUUAUAAAAGUUGAACCGAAGACUGCUUACCAAUGUUCGAUGAAAAUACUCUUCGAAACAAGAAAAUUACGUCUGGUAACUCAACCUUAUCCGUGGAAAUCUGAAAAAGUUUUGGGAAGUCGAUCGUUGGGUCGAUUUUUUGAGAAUACGGAGAUUGAAGGUGAAGCUGUUGGAAACAUUUGGACUGAUUAUUCUGUUCCAAUACCAUCUGCUGAUAAACAUAAAGAAACUUUUGCAUUGUCGGAAAGUACAUCGUAUUCAAGAUGUCGACGAUGUAGAGCAACUUGUGUUGUUUUAUGCAGCAAAUGUGAAGGCGAUGGAAAAGUAAGACUCAAUGAUGCAUAUAAUACAAAAGUACGUUGUAAUAAUUGUCGAGGUUCUGGUAAGAUGACUUGUGGAAGUUGUAAUGGCUUAGGAGGAUUUCGUCAUGUUCCAACAUUGACUGUGAAAUGGUUUACUCGACAUACGAUAUGUUUUUAUCAAAAUUCGUUUUUAGCCGAAAGAAAAAUUCGCAAAGGACAACGAACUCCUAUUUGGUUAAUCAAUAGAAUUGAAUGGUCAAAAGUAUCAUCUAUUGAAGAAUGUAUGCAGAAUAUUCCUGAGAAUACUCCAGAUAUUCCUUUAAGAGAAAAUAUCAUUCGAGAUUAUUAUGAAAAACAAUUAAAUCCAACAAUGAAUCUCGAUAAUGUUAUGCGACGACUCGAAUUUUCAAUUGAACAAAUGAAUUUUCAAGAAGUUCAUUAUAUUAUGGGAGAACAUUUUGUCAACAAACGAUAUCCAACAAUGAAUCAUGUCUUUCGUUUUUGUCAAUAUCCAGGACAAAAACGAGAGAAUUCCAUUUAUGAAAAUGAUUAUCCUUACAAUUGUUGUGGAUGUUUUGGAGAAAAAGCAGCGUGUUUUGCACCUUGUUGUGUCAUUCUAUAA